AUGUUUUCAACAGCAACAUUUCUUGGAAUUCUCAAUCUAUGUCUAGUCAUUAUUGCUAUGAUUAUUUUUUUAUUAAUUUUCAUUAUUAUUUUCAUUCAUCAUGAAGAACUAAAUGAUAUAUCAUUAGUAUUAACAUGUAAUACAUGCUUAGCUGCAUUUCUAACAACUAUUACAGAAUUUAUUAUGACUAUUUCGAAUUUAACAACAGGAUUCUUAAUGUAUAAUCUUUACAUUUGUUAUGGAUGGGGAUUAUUCUAUGAUAUAUUUGAAUGUUCUAUCUAUCAUAGUUAUUGUUUACAAGCAUUAUUUCGUUUAUGUCGAGUUGUAUUUCAUAAGAAAAAGUCUCUUCUGUCUUUUUCCUUAUAUAAUAUAUUGAUUAUAGAUCAAUGGUUAAUCUCUAUUGGCUUAUUUAUACCAACCAUAGUUCUCAAAUGGUACAUUCAUUUACCAACAGAAACUUAUUGUCUUGUUCCAUAUACAGAUAUAGGUGCAUCAAUAUAUCUCAUUAUUAUUCUGUAUCUUAUUCCAUUAGUAUCAAUUUCAUUAAUCUAUGCAUGGAUAACGAAAUUUAUACGUAGUUCUGCACAUCCAACAGCACUUAUUAUAGUUACAAAACAGAGACAACGAAAUUUAAGAGACUUAACUGUUAUAAAACGUAUUGUUAUAUUAAUAUUAAUAUUAAUUGUGUUACGUUUACCAACGAUCAUCUUUAUUAUAUAUGGAGUCAUUGUUGGACAUUUAUAUUCGUU